AUUAAAACAAAACAAUCAUUCGCGUAGCUUACGUGUAUGAUGUAAGCUAGUUGAGGCUAAUGCUAAUAACAAAGUCAACAGUAGUUUAAAGUGAUCUUCGGCUCUCAUUUACAGUUAUUACUUACUUAUUAUAUCGUCUGAAUGAUGUUUUUGUGCUGUAGCGACUUUACUGAGCCCUUUUACGGCAAACUAGCUUGAACAUGUUUUGUUCUCGUACUGGUAGAAGUCACGCUGAGCUCCGUUAAGUCGAUGCUUAAGACAUUUUUAAAACCAGCGGUAAAAUCGGCACAGAUAUAUUCUCCAUUAAAACACGGGGGUUGAAAGACGUGAGUCUUCAUAAUGGGUUUGUUUGUUCGUUCCAUAGUUGGCUGCAGCUUGUUGGGCUGCUUUGUCGAGAAGGACUGUGAUUUUUAAAACAUUAAAUGACAGUGAGUGGUCUGGUGAGGAUGAGCUCCGUUGUCUGUCCACUACAUGGUGGAGAGGGUGGUCAGGGUUACCUCCGCUUCAAAGGUCUCCAGUCUGCAGCCAGUGACCACAGUCAGUUUGAGUCUGUUGGUGUCCCUGGCUGCAGUGCUGCUCCUUCUGCAGAGAAUGUUAACAGUAUGGAAAUACAGUAUGAAAGUCUGAUGUUGUACAUGGUUUUGUGUUUGUUAGCAGAGAUGAUGGAGUCUUGUUUAGCCGGGAAACCGGAGAGAGUCGGGCCAGUGGAGGUGGACGACAUAAGGAGAGAUCUGCUGGAUGAAUUUGCUGCUCUACCUGCUCAGCAGGACAGUCUUCAGUCGCAGUCAGAGAACCUGCAGGUCUACCUGAGGGUUCGACCGUUCACUGCAGCAGAGAGCGACAACGGAGAAUCACAGGAGUGUGUGACCAUCGAGGGACCGGACACUGUGGUCCUGAAGGCACCCAGGAACUGUCAAUCAAACAGGCAGAAUGAAAAGUCCCUCCCACAGACAGCACAGAGGUUUACCUUCACACAGGUGUUUGGUCCAGAGGCCAGCCAGAGGAAGGUGUUUGAGGGUUCAGUUCGUGGUUUGGUCCGAGAUGUUCUGGAGGGUGGAAACUGUCUGGUGUUCACAUACGGAGUCACCAACGCUGGAAAAACGUUCACAUUCCUCGGUCCAGAUCAUGACUCGGGUCUGCUGCCCAGGUCUCUGUCAGUCAUCUUUAACAGUAUAGAAGGUCGUCUGUACACUCGGACCGACCUGAAACCUCAGCGCUGCAGAGACUUCAGCAGACUGACUCCAGACCAGCAGGCAGCAGAGAGCAGCAGCAAGAAGAACCUGCUGAGGCUGCUGAAAGAGAGUGACAAAAGUUUGACGUCUGGAAGAUCCCUGUUUCUUGAAGGCUCGUCUCUCGGCACUGACAGCAGUCUGAACAGCAUCUCUGAAGCUGACAGUUUCUGUCUGGAUGUCGACUCAAACGUCCGUUUCUCUGUCUGGGUUUCGUUCUGUGAGAUUUACAACGACAACAUCCACGACCUGUUGGAACAGGUUCCUAUUGGAAACAACAAGAGGACAGUGUUACGUCUGUCUCAGGACGUCAAAGGAAACUCUUUCAUCAAAGACCUGCGGUGGGUCCAGGUGAACAGCUCUGAGGAGGCCUACAGAGUGAUGAAGAUCGGGAAGAAGAAUCAGAGUUUCUCCUCCACCAGACUGAACCAGCUGUCCAGCAGGAGCCACAGCAUCUUCUCCAUCAGGAUCCUCAGAGUGGACGACGUAGGAGUUCCCAGAGUCCUCGGCAUCAGCGAGCUCGCCCUGUGUGAUCUGGCCGGCUCAGAGCGAUGUUCUCGGACUCACAACACCGGAGAGAGACUCAAGGAGGCGGGAAACAUCAACAGCUCUCUGCUGACACUCGGGAAGUGCAUCAAUGCUAUGAGACUCAACCAACAUGCAAAGUUUCAGCAUCAUGUUCCCUUCAGGGAGUCCAAGCUCACCCACUUCCUACAGUUCUUCUUCUGUGGUGCCGGCCGGGUCUCCAUGGUGGUCAACGUCAACCAGAAUGCGUCCUGCUUCGACGAGACACUCAAUGUCCUCAAGUUCUCGGCCCUCGCACAGAAGGUGGUGGUGUUGAACUCGAGGCCGGUGGUCCUGGAUGACGCCCCCCACAAGUCUGCCAUGGAGCUGUCGAUGAUCAUCGACGAGGCCGACCAGCGCAGAAAGGUGUCGGGGCGGGGCAGGAAGAGUUCACUGGUUGCCUGGGAGACAACCCUGGAGGAUGUGUUGGAGGAUGAAGAUGGUGAAGAGUGGGAGGAGGAGGAGGAGAGUGUGAUGGAGGGAACUGUGCUGGAGGCCGGAGGGGAGGAAGAUGAGGGGCAGGAAGAGGACAGGACUAUGGAGGAGGAGGAGUCGGACAGGGAGGCGGCUCUGCGUUUGGUUCUGGAGGCUCAGAUCAGAGAAGAAGUCAGCGCUGAGUUCAUGGAGCUUUUUAACAGGAUGGAGAAGGACUACAGUGAUCGGCUGGAGAAGGAGAGGGAGAUCCUGGAGGAACGAGCUGAGAAACGAGUAGAGAUCCUGAAAAACCUCGUCAGCAAGACGGUCGACCUGUCUGCUGUCAAAGCCGACAACAGCAAGGAGGAGCAGGUGGCUCUGCUGGAGGGAAUCAUCAGCUCAAUGACCGAAGACCUGGAGAAGAUCAGAGAGGACGCUCAGAGUGUUCACCGCUGUCUGACUGAACAAGCACACACUGCAGAGCUGGAAGCGCUGCGAUUGGAGAAGCAGCAGUCACAUGACAAACUGCAGGCAGCCAAGGAGAGUUUGGAGCAGCAGCAGCAGAAGUUAUCUGAGCUGAUGGAGAUCUGUCAGCAGAAAGACGACAUCAUCCACAAACUCCAGGCGGCCAUGGACAGCACCGUGGAGGACGCCACCAGAGACAGAGCUCUGGUGGAGUCGAUCCGGUUGGAGCUGCUGGAGCUUCAACAGACCUGCUGCUGUCUGAGGAGGACGGGGGGAGAGGAGGAGGAGAAGGAGGAGAGCAGGAAACGGCAGCGUGAGGAUCUGAAUGAUGAGGAGAGAGGAGGACCAGCAAAGAAAAGAGUGGUUCUGGAGGAGGAGAUCUGGAGGCUCCAGGAGGAAAAUGACAAGAAGGAGGAAACCAUCCUCCAGCUGAGAGAGAGGGAGGAGAGGAGGAGGGGGCUGGAAGAGGAGCUGAGGAGACGAGAGGAGGAGGUGGAGCAGCUGAAGAAGGAGCAGGUCUUGCUGGAGCAGCAGGUGCAGAAGCUGACAGAUCUGGACGAGUGUUCAAACUGUGAGUCUCUGUCUUCGUCUCUGGAGUCGGAGCAGAGGGAAACAUCCAGACUGAUGAAGGAGAACAAAGCUCUGGUGAACGGCAUCUUCCAGCUGCAGACAGAGGUAACCAGUCUCCAGAAGCAGCUCAAAGAGAAGACUGACGUGUCUGACAGCCUAUCAGAGCAACUUAACACCACAGAGACCCGCCUCCAGGACCUGCAGAGCCAAUCAGAGGAGAAGACAAAAACCAUCAAUAGUCUGACGGAGGAAGUGGAGAAUCUGAGACAGGAAGUCAAGGAGGAGGCCAGGCAGAGCGGCGGCAGCAGUGUUUUCCACGCUGCCAUGGAGCAGCUGAGGAAGGAGAGUCAGGCUGCGUUGCAGAGAUCAGCUCAGAAAUCACAACUGAUCCAAGAUCUGCAGAGAGAAGUGAGUCGGCUGGAGGAAACUCUGACACACAGUAAGAACAGAUGUGUUGAGCUGACAGAGGAGUUAUCCAAUCAGAAAGCAGAAUUCACCCACCUGAGGGCGGGGCUUGAGUCAGAGAGUGGAGCUCUGCGAGGGAGACUGGAGGAGAUGGAGAGAUCAGAGGAGGAGAGGAGGAGAGACCAGGAGAGAGAGAGACAAGAGCUGCAUCAGGUCCUGGCAGAGAAGGAGAAACGUUUAGAGGAAGCUCACAGACAGACGGAGACUCUGAAGCAAGAGCUGCAGCGUCUGAACGAGGAGCUGCAGAGGGAGGAGGAGAAGGAGAACAGAGCGGUGACGGAGGAGAGGAAGGUGUCGGUGGUGGAGGAGCUGAAGGAGGAACUCCAGAAACUCCAGGAGAGGAGGGGGAGACAACAAAAGGAGGGGGGAGGGGGGAGGAGCCGAGAGUUCGAGGCAGUGAAGAGAGAGGUGGAGAGACUGCAGAGACUGAAGGAGGAGAGAGAGAUCAACACACAGAGGCGUGGUGGGCGUGUCCUUCCUCCUGAGCAGGACAUUUGUGUAUCUCCUCUGAGGUCCAACAUGGCCGACAGGAAGAAAACCCCCAAAACCUCCGGGAGGAAGAGGAAGAGCUGCGAAGUGGAGGGUCUGGUGUUCAGUGAGAAUAAGAGAAACAAAGUGAGAGGAAACACUCGAACCAACAAACAGGAGAAGGCGGACGGGACUCUACAGAAGAUCGGAGAGUUGAUCCACAGCUCGCCCUCCAUCCUGGGCAGCAAAGCUAAAACCAUCAUGGGCCUGGUCAGUGGACACUCAGUGGAGAAGGAGGCAGUUACCACGGCAACCAAACCCAGACGAGGACGGAGGAAACUCUAUAAGACGGACACCUCGUCGCAGCUGCUCGACUCUCCACACACGACGACUGGAGGAGCAGAGGAGGAGAAGGAGAGCGAUCACCUCAUCAUUAAGAGACAGCUGCGCUCUAAAACCUGCAGGAAGUGACCUCAUCAUCCUGUGACAACACUAUGCUGUAAGAGACGUCUUUUCAAACCUCAGGAGAGUAAAAUCUCAAACUUCUUUCUUCAGUGAGUCUGAAGAAGAAGUUCCUUUUUUAAAUAAGUGUACAGUUUACGUUUGGUCUGAUGGUUUUAGUUUUUUAGUUUGUGAUUUCAGGACCUUUUUUGUUGCCGGGGUCAAUAAAGCAGUGAGAGAAAGAUGAAUCUUUUUCAUGUUAUAAAAAAAUAAAAACGAUUCCCCGCCUCCUCCUGUUUCAGUUUACUGCUACGGUGGCUGAGAGGGACCAAACACAUUCUGCACAUACAGAAAACAGGGAUGAAAAAAGAAAGAAGGAAACAGCAUUAAACUUAAUAAUUAAUAUACACGUAUUUAUACUGUCUCGCCUGUUCACUUAAAGCAAAUUAGUGGAUGAUGUGAAAAUCCAGCCUCUGUUUGAAUCUGCUGCACAUGAUGCAGUGCAAACUGGGAACCAGUAAAACUCCACAGUCUUAGUAAUGAUCAUGUCCGUCACUGUACGGAGAUUUGUUGACAGAUGAUAAGAAAAAUCUAGAAUAGCACCAGAUGUAAACUUCAAAACCCAAACUUUAUU